AUGCACAAUGAGGAAAGCACUGCGGGCAAGCACCAAUGUACAGACACUCGCAACCGUUCCCAGUCAAAGUGCACCUUACUAGGAGCUGACGGAGGACAUGGAUCCGAAAGUCAAGGAAGGGGGAGGGGUAUUCAUUGCAUCCUUUCGGGAUCUGAUCCAAGUAAUUAUGAUUAUAAUGAUCCAUUCAAGCUGUGGGCUAUCCAAGGAGCCCUCAUUAUCGUUAUCUCGCGGAUAUGCUUCCUGCUCUUGUGGCGCAUGCGCCAACCGAGAGUUGUGGCCGAAAUUAUUGGCGGCAUUGUGUUAGGCCCGACCGUCAUGGGACGCAUCCCUAAGUUUAGCACCACGAUAUUCCCGCAAGAGUCUAUCCCCAUACUCAAUCUCUGCGCGACACUGGGCCUAGUUCUCUUCCUAUUCCUCGCUGGCUUGGAGAUUGACCUGCAACUCAUCAAGCAGCAUGCGAGGACAUCUGCAGUAGUAUCGGCUGCGGGAUCAAUAAUCCCGUUCGCUUUCGGUUCACUGCUAUCCUUGGCGCACUAUCGAGCAUUUAUGGACGACUCCGUGAAUUUCGGACACUUCGCCCUGUUCACCUGCAUCUCUGUCGGUAUUACGGCGUUCCCCAUCCUGUGCCGAAUGCUGGCCCAGCUCGAACUAUUCAGCGCACCGCUCGGAGUCAUCGUCUUGUCAGCCGGCGUCGGGAACGACGUCGUGGGAUGGAUCCUACUCGCGCUCGCUGUUACCCUGGUAAACUCCACCACUGGCCUCGCUGCCCUGUGGAUCCUCCUGAUAUGCAUCGGCUACACGCUCUUCCUCAUAUAUCCCGUGCGCUGGCUCUUUCGAUGGAUCGGCCAAGCGACCGGAGAGCUGGGUACGGGAGAACCGUCAAGCAUCAUGAUGGCUUGCGCUAUCAUGAUGCUUUUGGUCUCCGCUUUCUUCACAGAUAUCACUGGUUUGCACGCUAUAUUCGGGGCAUUCAUAUCGGGAUUGAUUAUACCUCGCGAUAAGCAACUGUCCAUCGCUAUGAUGAAGCGCCUCGAACCAGUCGUAUGGAAUAUAUUCCUACCUGUAUAUUUCGCGUUAUCGGGUCUCAAGACUGACCUUGGGCUGCUAAACACUGGCAAAGCCUGGGGAUUUACCAUUCUCGUAUGCCUCCUGGCAUAUAUGGGCAAACUCAUCGGCUGCGGCGGUGCCUCCAAAUUGAUGGGGUUCACCUGGCGCGAGUCAGCCGCCAUAGGAACGCUGAUGAGCUGCAAGUGGCUACUCGAACUAAUCGUGAUCAACUUCGCGUUGCAAGCAAAGGUCUUCCCGAGCAUCGUCUUCGCCAUGUUCGUCGUACACGCCGUCGUCCUGAUGGUCAUCAUAACGCCCGUGACCGGCUGGAUAUAUCCCGCUCGGUGUCGUUCUCAACAAUCGGACACGCCUGUCUGCGGGGCCUCGGAUACGAGCAUUUCGGGAGUAUGA